CCCCUUCGGCUCCUCUGGUCUGGGGGUGGCCUGGUCACCAUUUCCCUCUCCUGCCCCGCCGCCGCCGCCGCCGCCGCUGCCCUUUCGCCCAGUGCCUCGAGAAGCUGAACAGGCCGGGGUCAAGAAGUGCCGCUUCCCUGUUCUCUGAUCAUGGCCUGUACUAUAGAGAAGAUCCUGACAGAUGCAAAGACGCUGUUAGAGAGGCUGAAAGACCAUGACAACGCAGCUGAGUCUCUCAUUGACCAGUCCACCAUGUUGCACAAGCAGGUCGUGGCCAUGAAAGAAGCUGGCACAGCUCUUUCUCACAAGUACCAAGAAGAUGCAGCUGAGCUGAAGGACAUGUCGAAAUACAAACCUCACAUUCUGCUAUCUCAGGAGAACACUCAGAUCAGAGACUUGCAACAGGAAAACAAAGAGCUGUGGGUUUCUUUGGAAGAACACCAGGAUGCUUUGGAACUUAUUAUGAGCAAAUACAGGAAACAUAUGCUACAGCUCAUGAUGAAAAAAAAAGAAGUGGAUGCCCAGCCAGUUCUGCAAGUGCAUCAAGCUCAAUCUGCAGAAAUUGAGAGUCAAAUAGACAAGAUCUGUGAGAUGGGAGAGAUGAUGAGAAAAGCGGUUCAUGUGGACAAUGACCAGUAUUAUAAAAUACAAGAAAAGCUAGCACAGUUAGAGCUUGAAAAUAAAGAGUUACGAAAACUACUAUCAAUCAGCAGAGAAUCUGUCGAAGAGCGGCAAGGACUGUCUGAUGAUGCAUGUCAAUCUACAAAACCACUAUCAUUGAAUAGUUGAUCUCUGAAACAGCUGUAUUGCAGGAAAGUGUGUGUUCAUUUUCCAGGCUGUACUUUAAUUUCCUCAUGUUGUCUCUUGGAUAUCAUUCCAGCUUGUUGCUAUAUAGACCAUGCACAGCCAGUGGAAGUGGUACUUUCUACUGGCUAAGAUUUGUCCUGCUUAAUCACGCAGAAAAGUAUUUGUGCAGUCAUAUUCAUUGGCAAAUGCUUUCUCCGGAUUAUCCUGGUUUUCAGAAAUCUCAACUAGACAGAACAAUUAGAUCAUCUUUGGCUUUUCUUGCGUAAGUAAAUUAUUUUAAAAUCCCUGGCCUUUAUCAGAAAGGCAGUAAAAUAGUCUGAACAGACAUUUUUUACUUAGAAAUGUCAUAUUUAUUUCAUUGGCAUUUACUUCCAUGCAAAUAUGCUCUGGAUAAAUUGUCAUGCAAACUUUAGGCACUCCCAUUCGUAUUGGUCCCAUUUACCAUGUUAUUUAAGUAUAGAUGGUCAAACUACCUGUCUCUUAACAUCAACAAAUUUCUGUAAAAAUAUUCUCUGAAACUACAUAAGCAUGGCCAUUCCCUUACUGGGCAGAGUGUCUGCACACAGGGCUCUCUAUAGGGUAUAACACUUCUCCUCUCUAGUAUGUGUGCAAAGGCACACCAUGGUGUUAUGAAUCAUCAGAGGUUUGUGUAUGUUUCACAUAUACUCACUAGUCUUCUUUCUACAUCCCCUCCUCACUUGAUCAAGGAGUCUGACUUCAUGUUCCAUGACUGAGUUCAUGUUCCUCAUGUUUCUUCUUUUUCUUGAGAUUUCAGGCAGGUGCUGCAAAUAACAUUUUAAGUUUUGUGUACUUCACUGAAAAAAGCAAUUGUCUUUAUCCUGAAUAUUUUCAGGAAAGCAUUCACCAGACCUGAAGAAGGAGCUGUAAAUGAUAAAGUGGUUGUGUAGGAACCCAGCCAAGUCCUACCUUCGUUUCCAGCCUUCUGAAACUUAGUGGUCUUUUGUUUUACUUUCCAAGCUCCUUACUGGCAGACUUGCACAUCCUUAUACCUGGUAGAUCCCAUGACUGUUUGACGUUGUAACAGGUAGAGAUAGAAACUGAGAUGUGUCUAGCCUGUGUGGCAUUGUGUCUGUGUAAAUGUCUACAUCCUCAUAGCACAUUCCCAGCUUGGGCAGCAUAUUGCCUAUUUCUGAGAUCUUAUGAACCUUAAAAAUUAGAAAUAUGUCUUCGUUUUAAAACCCUUCUGAGAAAGGAGAUGUUUAAAUGGUCCUGUGGUCUGCAGGAAAAGUUUCAGAGUAGGAUCUGUGAGCUUUACCUGUGUUGUCUCUAGCUGUUGUAGCUAUCAAUAUUGACCUGAGCUUGAGGCACCAAGGUAAAAUAGUCACACAUGCUCCUUUCCCUGUUAGAUUCUUUCCUGUGGCAGGAAGGAGAGUCACGCUUAUUCUUCAAAUUAAUCUUUCAGUGUUUUUAAAUCCUCACACUCAAAAGUUUUGAGGAUUGAGUUGACAAAGAGCAGCUGCUUCUGUGUAUUAUGCAAAUAUAACCCAAUAGCAGGCCAGAUUCAGCUGCACAUCAUCACUUUGCAGUUAUUAUGCCUUAAAUAUAUGCCAUCAGUGCCACCUUCAGAAUCAACAAGCUCUUGUAAUGAGCAGCUACAUUUGCUCAAUCUGCAAAGAUUCUGGAUUAUUUUGUAAAUACCUUACCUGUAGGAUGCUAUGAUGUAAAGAAAUGACUUAUAAAGAUAUUGUGCUAUUAUUAACCAUCUUGUCAGCUUGCUCUGAUAAGUGAAUUCAAACCAUUCUCUUUACCCCUCAAGUUACUAAAUAUGUAUAUUGACUCAUUUUCAUGAAAUAAAUGUUUUGAGGCAAUACUGUAUGUUGUGGUACUUUUAUACCAGGGAUUAUUUAUGGAUAGAUUUUAGCUUUGGCUAAUACAGCUGCUUUCUGAUUAAAUGCUCUAUAUUUUAUCAAUAAAUUGGGGCUAAUAAGGAAGUAUUAUAACCCACAUACUGGAAUUGACAAGUUGACUAUGAAUGUGUGGAACACUGCUUAUUAACUGACUAAACUUUAAAAAAAUCCCAUUAAAAUCUGUGUUUAACUUGGUAUAA